CAGUCGUGACGAGAAAUGAGCCGAUUCUUGCCAGAGUCACAUUCCUUCAGGUGACACAAUCACUGAACAUAAUAAUAAUCCAGGGUUCAGUGCAGUCGUGUUUAAUAAAAGCAUCCACCUGCCGCCCAACUCACCAACCACACAGCCCAGGUAUAAAGAGGAGCAGAGCCAGAGAAGAGUCAGAAGAGCCGACAGGGACAGACAGGAGCAGACAGGAGCAGGAUGAUGAAGACGUCUGUGAAGCUCUUGACUCUGGUGGCUCUGUUCAUCUGCGUCCACUCAGCUGCUGGUCUGCAGUGCCGGUCCUGUGGAGGUUCUUCGUGUUCUUCUCAGACGUCACAGAUCUGCUCGUCGGGACAGAGCCAGUGUGUCUCCAGGACUUACGCCGGCUCCUACAACUAUGGAUACUACAAUUACACCUACAACUACACCUAUAAAGGCUGUGCUUCUGCUUCAGACUGUACAGCUGCAGGGUCUGAGUUUGUUUCAUAUAAUUAUGGCCCCAACACUUAUGCUGUAAACACCACGUGCUGCGACACAGACAACUGCAACAACCAGAAUCAGCCCAUUGUGGCGCCCCCUGUUGGUUCUCUGCAGUGCUACAGCUGUGAUCCUUCCUCUUAUGAAUGCACUGCCAAUGUGACCUGUAACACCCAGGAGGUGUGUGCACAGGCUGUGGUUGACCAGUAUAACUCAUCCCGUCCAUUUUACGGCUGUGUCUCUGAGAAUCUGUGCAACAACCCCAGCCUGUCACGACGAUAUUUUGGCUUCAGUACCUCAGUGUCCUGCUGCAACACUUCCCACUGUAACGUCCCAGAUCUGGGGUUACAGUGUUCGACGUGCACAGACUCGUCAUGUUCUUCUCAGCGCUUGGUGACCUGCUCCAAACUCGCCCCCUUCUGUUACACUGAUGCCUACGCAGGUUCUUACGAUUAUGGAAGCUACAACUACAGUGGAAUCAGAAAAGGCUGUGCUUCAUCCUCGGUCUGUACAGCUGCAGGGUCUGAGUUUGAUUCUUAUGACCACGGCUCCAGGUCUUACCUCAGAAACAAAACAUGUUGUGACACAGACGACUGCAACACUCCAAACCCGACCUUGCCCCCUGUUGGUUCUCUGCAGUGCUACAGCUGUGAUCCUUACUCUUAUGAAUGUACUGCCAAUGUGACCUGUAACACCCAGGAGGUGUGUGGACAGGCUGUGGUUGACCAGUAUAACCCAUCCCGUCCAUUUUACGGCUGUUUCUCUGAGAACUGGUGCAACAACACCAACCUGUCACGACGAUAUUUUGGCUUCAGUACCUCAGUGUCCUGCUGCAACACUUCCCACUGCAACGUCCCAGAUCUGGGGUUACAGUGUUUGACGUGCACAGACUCGUCAUGUUCUUCUCAGCGCUCGGUGACCUGCUCCAAACUCGCCCCCUUCUGUUACACUGAUGCCUACGCAGGUUCUUACGAUUAUGGAAGCUCCAGUUACAUCACGAUCAGAAAAGGCUGUGCUUCAUCCUCGGUCUGUACAGCUGCAGGGUCUGAGUUUGAUUCUUAUGACUAUGGCUACAGUUCUUACAUCAGAAACACCACAUGCUGCGACACAGACGACUGCAACGCUCCAAACCCGACCUUUCGCAGACUUCAGUGCAUGAGCGGCUCCGGCUAUUACCAGUAUUCAGUUACCUGCCCCUUUCAAACUACAGCAUGUUUCUCCAGGUCCUACACAGGCUCCUACGAUUAUGGAGACUACAUUAACACCUACAGCUACACCUAUAAAGGCUGUGCUUCUGCUUCAGACUGUACAGCUGCAGGGUCUGAGUUUGUUUCAUAUAAUUAUGGCCCCAACACUUAUGCUGUAAACACCACGUGCUGCGACACAGACAACUGCAACAACCAGAAUCAGUCCAUUGUGGCGCCCCCUGUUGGCUCUCUGCAGUGUUACAGCUGUGAUCCUUCCUCUUAUGAAUGCACUGCCAAUGUGACCUGUAACACCCAGGAGGUGUGUGGACAGGCUGUGGAGCAGCAGCAGAGACAAGAGCAGAGCUGGAGGCAGAACCUGCACUGCUCCUGA